GAUUAUUUCCCGAAACGGCAAAGCAAGGGUACAAUGUUACAGACCGCGGCAUUGAAAUGAAACUAAACGUCUCAGUAUAUUACCACUAUUUGAGUUAAUUUGUCAGUAUAAUAUCAGUAUUUUGCACUGUAAGUAAGAGCUAUUGAACUGGCGGUGUCUCCAUGUUGUGCUUAGCUCAGCCACCUCUGCACACAGAGAGCGAAUUCGAUCUAUUCCAGCAGCUGGCCAUUAUUAUUCCGGCGCACAUAGGCUGUAGCUCUUUACUGAUGGGGUCCUGAUGUUUAUGGACAGGCUUUCUGAAUAGAGAGCUCCAUCCUAUAGCUUUCCCUGAGCCAGACGAGUGCAGCAAGAGGUGCCAUGCGGGUGAGUUUCUGCCAGGGCCUUCUGACUGGAGCCAUUGUUCUGAACCUGCUCAUCCUCUACUAUGUGUCCCGAGCCCAGCAGCAGAUGAUGGAGAAACGCCGGGACCCAGGAAGGGGCUCCAGGAAGGCUGCUUUACCUGCGUCCGGGCUGGGGGGCGGCAUGGGGGGCCUGGUGGGGGUUGGCGGGGGGAUGGUUGGCCCUGGAGGUGUCGGGGGAGAGGGGAACAGCCACGGCCCCCGUGUGACUGUCCUCCUACGGGAGUUUGAGGACUUUGAGAACUACGUCGGUGAUGUGGCACGCUCCUUCCUGCACCAGAGACCUGAGCUGCCCUUCUUGGCUGUGUCUGACACCCCGCCCUAUCCCCCUCUGUCUCUCCCCGAUGGGGCCCGUCUCCUGGUGCUCUCCCCCAGCCCCGAGCAGCCUCCGCAGGCCCACCGGCCAGAGUUCCACGUCCAGACAGAGUUUGUGCUGCUGGUGCCUGACGGGGUGGAGCUGGAGCAGGGCCGGGCUGUGGAGAGGCUGAUCCGGGAGCUGGAGGGGGAAGGUGGGGGGCCCGUGAGGCUGGUGGCGGCUCCCGUGUUGGCACGCUCGGCCGUCCAGUGCCUGCACCUGCGGGUCAGUCUGAGAGAGUGGACGGCCACCUACACCCCAGCGGCGUCUGGGAGCAGUGGUAGCGUGUGUACAGCCCUUCAGGGGGACGCAGUGGUCCUCAUCCGCUCCGAGGACCUCUUCAACCUGUCUGUCCCACUGGGGAGGCCCCUGCUGCCCUCGCUCUUCAUCCAGACCUCCCUGCAUGGCUGGAAGGUCAAGCUCCUGGAGAGCCCCUGCUUCUCCGCCAGCCACCGGCCUCUCUUCAGCUCAGCCCAUAACCAGUGGAAGGCAGACAGCCAUCUGAAGGAGGCCACGAGCCGGCUGAUGAGGAACUUUGGGCUGAAGCGUCUCCUACUGGCUGAUGGGAAGGAGCAGUGGCACGGCUGUGGGAAGGAGACGGCGCGUUGCUUCGGUACGGUCCGGGACGACACCCCUGAGUACCUGUACCUGGAUCGCUGGACCCCUCCAUGCUGCCUGCGCGCCCUACGCGAGACCACCAAGUAUGUGAUCAACAUCCUGGAGAGCUCCGGGGUGCGCUACUGGCUGGAAGGAGGCUCCCUGCUGGGGGCGGCCCGCCACCAGGACAUCAUCCCCUGGGACUAUGAUGUGGACCUGGGCAUCUACCUGGAGGACGUGCCCAACUGUGACUACCUGAAGAACCUGGACUCUGGUUCUCUGGUGGAUGCUAAUGGCUAUGUGUGGGAGCGGGCAGUGGAGGGGGACUUCUACAGGGUGCAAUACAGCGAGGCUAACCACCUCCACGUGGACCUGUGGCCCUUCUACCCGCGGAACGGCGUCAUGACCAAAGACACGUGGAUGGAGCACAAGCAGGAUGUGGAGUUCCCCGAGCACUUCCUGCAGCCGCUGGUGCCGAUGCCGUUCGCCGGCGUCACCGCCUACGGCCCGAACAACCACCGCGCCUUCCUGGAGCUCAAGUUUGGGGAGGGGGUCAUCGAGAACCCCCAGUACCCCAAUCCUGUCAAGAAGAGGCUGGACAGGAGCCGGCUGUGAGGGAGGGGUGUGGCUGGGACCUUUGGGGUUUUCAUGUGGCCCCACCAAAAGGACAAAACGAUACUAGCCACAACCCAAAACAUAUUGGUAGCAAUCCGUGAUUGGUAUCCUUUGGGAAUAACUGUCCUUAAGGUUGCCAAAAUGCACGGAUCAAUUAAAAGUCCCUGGAGGGAAGUGGUUAAGAGAGAACAGACGCUGCUGCUCUAAGCCGGGCCAGCCACACUGAUGCCACGGACACGUGUGUUUGUUUGAUUUACUGCCUGCCUUUGUCAUCUGUCUCUUUAACACAAUAUCCUCACCGUGGGUGAAGCAACGGGCUGCACGUUACGUCAGGAGGCGUGACUGACUGACCUCUGUCAGAACCGUGUCCGUCACUGCGACUGAGACUGUGGAACAGGGCCUGUAUUCAUAAAGCGUCUGGUCGAGUAGGAGUGCCGAUCUAGGACCAGGUCCCCGGCGUCCCAUGUCAUCUUAUUCUGUGUGAUCUAAAAGGCAAAACCGAUCCUAGAUCAGCACUUUAUGGAACACAAGGGGACUGCUGCUGACCUACAUGACAGGUCGACUGAAGACUCCUUGCAGAGGUCCAUUAUUCUGUAUAAGCUGUGAAUUAAGUAUAGAGACAGAGUAUUUAUACAUUCAAAACGGUAUUCUGUUGCACAUCAUUUUCCUGUACAUACAUGACCAGGUAUUUAGUAAGAAAUUCUAUGGUAAAAUGGUAAUUACACAGUAAUUAUAUAUUUUUUUUCAAGAUUUUUUUUGGGGGGGGGCGCACCAUUGGGUACAAGGUGGUUAUGAAUUGUUUUGAAAUCUUUGAUGUAGUACCAUAAAGUAUUAGUUGUCAUAACCACAUAGUUUUCUCGUAAUUAUCAGGUGAUCAUUAAAGUGCUACCAGAUGUCCAACAGCAUAUACACCACAAUAUCAGCUGCUGUUAAGCAAUAUCUGACACAAUCAGUGUUGAUAGCUGUGUUAUUAUUGAUAUUAGGACUAUACAUGUGUUGGUAAAUUCUGUCCUAAAGCUAAAGAUGUACUCCAUGAAAUAGAUGUGUGGAUUUGUUGCACUGAUUCACUUUCUUAUUUUCAAUUUGUUUACUUCAUGUUCAGGGUACUAUAUGUAUGACUUUUGACCUUUUGAACUGUCAGCUGAUGCCACUGGGUAGGCUUUGGCAUGUCCCAUCAGCAUGACGAUUUUGGCUGUCCAUUUCCCAGUGGUAAAAUGAGGAGCUUUCUCUUAAACGCUGACUUGGAUAUUCAUGUCAUGAUUAAAGCUCCAUCAGUCCAUUCAGGUGCAUUCAAAUCCCAGGUAUGAAUUAUAAAAAACUGAACUAUCCAAUAUACUAAAUUAAAUGUGUGUGUGUCAUCUGUUGAGUGUUGCUGUUUCAUUCGUGUUCUGCCUUGACUGGAAUGUAUAAAGUCAUCUGAAUUGUGAGUGAAAGACUGAUAUCUGAUAGGUGCCACUUGUUUGCGCUUAACCUAUCGUUUUACAAGUGAGGAAAAAUGCACAAAAGAACUCUUGCUGUCAAUGUGUGUCGCUCCAUUUCAUGUACUGAAGAAAAAAUAAUAAGUAUAACACU